AUGCAUGUCACAUUGAGAACAAACGACCUUAUCCGGAGAAUGGACCAAUGCACGAUCGAAUCAGAUAUGAAAUCUUCGACUAAGGAGCAGCAGGAUCGAUUUCUUAACAGCCUGCGAUAUGAAGGCAUGAAUCAGAGGAAGAAUGAUAUAAAUAGCUCAUUCGAAGAUACCUUCCAAUGGAUUUUCGACUAUGAUGAAGAUCACGAUAAAACCCCUAUACAAUCAUGGGACGACUUUGAAGACUGGCUCAAGUCUGAUAGCAAUAUAUACUGGGUUUCUGGUAAACCUGGCUCUGGAAAAAGCACACUGAUGAAGUACCUCUUAAAAAGCCCUUUUACAGAAGCAGCAUUGAAGAUAUGGAACACAGACCCUAUAAUUCUGAUCUCUAUAACCCUGGGCUCGAUCAUAAAUACCCCCAAGACCUUGCCACUCAAACAAGAGGCUGCCGAUUGGGACGUUGAAGAACUGAAAGAUCUUUAUUUCAAAGUAUUGGGUAACGAUAUGUUUCCGGUAUGCAUAUUCCUCGACGGGUUAGAUGAAAUAUGCGAAGAAGACGGCCCAUUUUCACUACUGAAAUUGAUCGAUGAUCUGAGGAUACACCCGAAAAUCAAAAUAUGUGUUUCCAGUCGGCCUGAACCAGUGCUUCAGUCCAAUCUAUGCGGACACCAACAGCUAAGAUUACAUGACCUGGCAUAUGAUGACAUGAAGAGAUUUGCAGUUGCACAAAUACAGCCGUACGUUGACCGUGGUAUGAUAGCCAGAUCCUUAGGAUCAGACAUCAUAAAGUCUCUUAUGGAGAAAGCAGAAGGUGCAUUUCUCUGGCUUCACUUGGCUUCACGGAGCUUGAUUGGAGGAAUAGAGAAAGGCGAUACAGGAGCCAUUCUCAGGCAGCGGCUCGAGGAAAUGCCUAAUGAACUGAAGAAACUGUACUCCGACAUGUGGGAACGAAUGAAUGGGAAUUCCAAACUUUACCGGAAGGCUGCGGAUGACUUUCCCGUACGCGACCCGACUCGUUCUGAAUUGAUUCGAGGACAACAAAGGAGCAUGUGGGUAGAAUUCAUCCAUCGAACGGCCUAUGAUUUUAUGAAAGACACCGAAGAGGGCCAUCGUAUUCGCGCGUAUGGCUCUUACUCAUCGGAUACACUAUAUAUCCAGCUUGUCAAAGGUCAUCUCAUCAUGGCAAAAUUGUUUCGGGGUCUCUCGGAUGGACGCUUUGGAGUUGUCUUGGAGUAUUUGUCUGAAAUAAAAGACUUGAGUCUACAACCUCUUGUCCAUGAAAUGCUACGACGCGUAUGGACGUGGUAUCACGAACGUUAUUACCUGAUUUAUCUGGAAGAAUGCUGCACUGGACCUCAUUUCUUAGCUCUUUUAACUGACUUUCCAUUUCGAAACUUCAUUUUAUCUGCCAUUAAGGAGUCACCAAAUCCAUCGCCGUUAGCCACGCACGUUUUGAGAAACAUAAACUCUAUGGUCGGGGAAAUAUUGUCGCCAAUCGAGAGGCUUGAUUGUUUCCUAGAACCGCUCCUUGCUCUAGGGGCAGAUGCAACGUCUCGAGGGCCUUGUAUAAUAUCGUACAAGACGAUAUGUCCAGCUUCGGCGCAUCUGAUAACGCAGAUUAUGAAGCGUCAAUACUCUUGA